GCGAUAUGGGAAUGUGCUGAGAGCAUUAUUUAUUUUGUUUUUAGGUUACUGUUAUCAUUUUUAAAGACCUUUAAGGAAAUUAUUAUUAUUUUUCUUUCUAAGUAGCAUCCACCUCAACUCUCUGUUAGAGGAGGGAGAUUUUUGUGUAGCCGGGGAUUCUGCAUGCAGCUAGAGGCAGGAAUCUCCUGGAGUGCAGACAAAAGGCUCCCAUGCAUUCCUCCUCCACCGAAGCAAAAUAUAUUAGCUGUACCGUGCCUGGCAAGCUCCUAGUCAGAAUAACGCAUUGUUUUUAUUAGGGAAGGUAUAAGGAGGCGGAGGAGGGGAGUGAAACAAAAGAUUGUACGUCUUCCCUCCCCCCAAUGAUUUGCAUUUUUGGGAAACUGAGCAGACCUGGUUAUUUAGUGGCCGGACAAUAGGCGACAGAUAAAGGGGUGGAUGGAGAGUUGGAGAACUGGUGAGUGAGCUGGAGACGUCCAGGCUGCGGCUCUGCUGCGCGCACACGGUUGUAGUACACACACAACAAGCACUGGAUCUAGUAUACCCAAAUCAACUAGCCAUAUAAAGGAGCGGAUAUCUGUUGUCUUGGCUGGGGUUUGCAAAAGGAGCAGUCACCCCCUCCUCCCCAACGACUAGCCUUUUUCAGGGCCUGCAGCUGCUGGGGAGAUGCCUCGGCUGUGACAUUACUGAGUGGGGGGAAGAUGGGAGUGCAGAGUCCGCAGGAAAGGAGGAGAAGAGAGCGAAGCUCAGAGAGAAGCCCUAACCAGGCAGCACGGCCAGGAAGCCCACCGGGUGCUGCCAGCACGGGCCCUGCAGGACCACACCGUUUUAUAUAAGGGAAUCCCUCUGCUACUUUGUGCUCCAGCUAAUAGAUUACAGAACGUAUCCUCCUGCUCCUCUGGGUGCUGCAGGGAGACAGGCCAGGGGCAUCAGUCCUACCUCCUUCCAUUACUGAUUUAUUUUAACUACCACAGCCCCUGAUCUUACCCUUCCAUCAGCUGUUCCCUAUAUUCACCCGCAGUGCCAUUUCCUUUCUGUUAUCUCCAGGAAAUUCAUCCCGUGCUUAAUGAUAUCCAACAUUGUGUUCCCAUUAAACUGUUUAAUAUACAUCUUUAUGUGUGUAAAGGGGGAAAAGGGGCAGUUACUGGAUGGCUGUAAACAGUCUGUACCCUGGUUACAUUAAUUUCGCAUCUAUUCGCCUACCCUAGUAUUUUGAUGCAGAGGUGCACAUCAGUGUGGGCCCAUCUCUCAGAUAUUUUGCUUUGUGUCUGUCUCCUCUCUGUGUUUAUUGGUGGGUUGCCUUGGAGGGACAGCCCUCCUCAGGCACUGUUCAAUGGAAGUAUGUUACCAGCUGCCGGUGCUGCCCCUGGACAGGCCGGUACCCAAGCAUGUCCUAAGCCGCAGAGGUGCCAUCAGCUUCAGCUCCAGUUCAGCACUCUUUGGAUGCACCAAUCCCCGGCAGCUUUCUCAGAGACGUGGAGCUAUUUCUUAUGACAGCUCUGACCAAACUGCUUUGUACAUUCGUAUGCUUGGGUCUUGUGUAAUUUUCAAACAGCUGAGUACAAGAGAUGUCAGAGUAAGAAGCAGAGCUGGAUUUGUAUCCGAAAGACGGGGCUCUCAUCCAUACAUUGACUUUCGUAUUUUGCACUGCAACGAUCGUAAAAAGGCUUUAAAUACAAGCCCCCACAAUUAUGAGAGCAACCAAGUCUGGAGGGAUCCAGAGUUGUUAAGAUCAGCACAUUCUGAAGUUGAUGUCUCCUUGUCUGCAAGAAACAUCCGGAGGUUGCUGAGUUUCCAACGGUACUUAAGAUCCUCUCGUUUCUUCCGGGGUGUAUCUGCACAAAAUUCCUUGCACAUAUUGGAUGAGGAUUAUAAUGGGCAAGCCAAGUGUAUGUUGGAAAAGGUUGGAAACUGGAAUUUUGAUAUCUUUCUUUUUGAUAGAUUAACAAAUGGAAACAGUCUUGUCACCUUAACUUUUCAUCUCUUGAGCCAACAAGGUCUAAUAGAGUACUUCCACUUGGACAUGGUGAAAUUAAGACGAUUUUUAGUUAUGAUUCAAGAAGACUACCACAGUCAAAAUCCAUAUCACAAUGCAGUUCACGCUGCUGAUGUGACUCAGGCCAUGUACUGUUAUUUACAAGAACCUAAGCUCGCCAAGUCUUUUACGCCAUUGGAUGUCCUUCUGGGUUUGAUUGCAGCUGCAACGCAUGAUUUGGAUCAUCCUGGUGUAAAUCAGCCUUUUCUAGUAAAAACAAACCACUACUUAGCAACUUUAUACAAAAAUACCUCAGUAUUAGAAAACCACCACUGGAGAUCAGCAGUUGGAUUGUUGCGAGAAUCUGGUUUGUUUUCACACCUGACAUUAGAAGAGAGGCAACAGAUGGAAAGUCACCUGGGCUCCCUAAUUCUUGCUACAGAUAUCAGUCAGCAAAAUAUAUACCUGAACCAGUUUAAAUCUCAUUUGGAUAAAGAAGACUUAAGUCUGCAAAAUCCUAUUAACCGACAACUUGUCCUGCAGAUUGCUUUGAAAUGUGCCGAUAUCUGUAACCCAUGCCGGACCUGGGAGCUGAGCAAGCAAUGGAGUGAAAAAGUAACAGAAGAAUUCUUUUAUCAAGGAGAUAUUGAAAGAAAAUGUAAAAUGGAACCAAGUCCGUUGUGUGAUCGGCAUACAACAAACAUUGCUAACAUCCAGUUUAGUUUUAUUGAUUUCCUUGUGGAGCCAUUAUUUGUGGAGUGGGCCCGGUUCAGCAACACCAGGCUCUCACAGACCAUGCUUGGCCAUCUUGGAUUGAAUAAAGCCAGCUGGAAGGGAAUGAUAGAGGAGCAGCCUUGUAGUACAGAGGCUGACCCUGCAUUUGACAAUACUGACUCUUGAUAUAUUUACCUCAGGAAGCUAGUGCAUCAUGGCCUUGGAAUCGGCUUACAAAAGCUGUCUGAGAGAUUUAUCUAGUGAUUCGAAUGACAAGGUCUUGAUCAGAGAGAUUUUUUCCUGAUUGCCAAGGUUUAAGUAAAAAACAAACAAAAAAAAACCAAUGCCAGCAUUAUUUAUUCCGAAGUUUUCCUUUAACAUUUCUCUUCUUUCUAAAACAACAAAGACCUAGAGCAAUAUGCACAUACCUCAGUUGGCUUUUGUAUGAAAGCUUGAAUAUGCAAAGCACAGCAUUGACUGACGGGAAACUGCAGGAAGUCUCUUUAUUAUGUGCCACAGGUUUUUAAUCUUAUUCUUCAAUGUUAAAGGAAAGAAUUUCUUAAAGAAAGAAGAAAAAACAAAACAAAUUACUUUGCUACUGGCAGGCGCUUGCCAGAAUUUAAUAUGACUGAUGUACCUUCCACAUUGUGCUAAAAUUUGAGUAUGGAAAUGUGAAGUGCCCACUGCUUUGCUGCCUUGGCAAGAAAUGCUGUUUACAAAUACGAUGAAAAUACUGAUUGAUACUUGCCUUGAAGCAUGGUUAUGAAGGAACCACUAAACUGGACUUUCACUUUGUAUUUAAGAGAACAAAUCUUGACUGCAAUCCUUCUCUCUCCCAUCAACCUCACAGACUACUUGGAUGCCAGACACAAUUUCUCAUUUGCAAUAUUUCCGCUAGAGCACAGCCAGGCUUUAAUCUGGAGAUGGGCGGGAAAUGCAGCUUCUAAAACAUUUUUAACUAUAAAUUUUUUUUAUUUUUUUUUUAAACAAAUAAUGCAGAGAGUACAAGGACAGUGUCCUGGCUGUAAUGCAAAGCUGCAGUAAAUGCGUUGCAUGCUGAUUUUCACUACUGAAAACUUGAACUGCACGGAAAAGGUGGAAUUAAUGUAAACACCAUAAUCCACUCAGGGUUUUUGUCGAUCUGAAAUAAAAAAAUGGGAAGGGAAUUAAUGUUCGGACAAGGGUACAAAUGCCUUUUUUGCUGCAGAGUGACUGUGUACGAAUGUAGAAAGGGUGCGUGUGAUUGCGUGUGUGGUUGUGUGUAUAGAUCAUUAGUUCAGCAGUUACAUCUGGGGGGUGAGUGAAUUGUAUCAAAUUGCUACUAAUGCCUUAAACUAUGCACAAAGCUAAGUGACCAAACGUGUUUGUUUUUUAAUGCAUUUGUUUUCUUUUGUUUUUUUCUCUUGGUUCUUUAUGUAGUGAAAUGGAGAUUUCUGGGACUUUGUUAUGUUAUUGUUUUUAGGACCAGUUGCAGGACUAAUUUCCAAAUUUAAACAUUCCAUUAUUUUGUAAUUUGUUUUAGCUAGUGAGCACAAUUGUUAUCUACAUUGAAACUGGUGCUUUUUUAGUUUAUUUGUAUUUCCCUUGUUAUUGCUUAUAAAGACUGUUUAUUCUCUGUUUACAAUUUGUUGCAACAGACAUUUUUUUGGGAGAAGGCUUCAGCGUAAAGCCAUUUGUAUAUGGCUUUGCCAUACUCAUUUUAAUACGUGCCUGUUGCUGUUUAAUUUUGAUGAAUAAAAGAGCAAAAUCACUUUUUUACUGUG